CACAGAAGCUCUUAGGCUUGGAUUUGAGCUAUGCACCUGGGCAGGGGAAAUGUCUCCUCACAUGCUGAGAAAGAAAGUGCAGCAAACAGUCAGCUAGGGGGAGUGAAGGAUGCAGUUUGGGAGAUGAGUGCCGCCAAGGAGGACAGCCGGUGUCAGAAGGCAGUUCGGAUUGUCACCGACCUGUGCCGGAAGAAAAGCCUGCCCAGCCUGGAUUUGGACACCUGCAGGGGGUUCCUCCUCCUGCCUUCAGACCAGAGCCUGAGUAUCUCGGAGCCAGAGCUCUCCAUCAGCCUCCUUGCAGUGAUAGUUAUUGUGUGUGGCCUCGCCUUGGUGGCAGUUUUUCUCUUUCUCUUUUGGAAGCUGUGCUGGGUGCCCUGGAGGAACAAGGCCAUUUCUUCUAACGUCUCCCAGAGCGAGGCGGCUUGCAACCAGGAGACCAUGGCAGGCAAGCUAAAGGACACAGGCACGCUUGGCUUCCUGGAGGCAGCUGUGAAGAUCAGCCACACCUCACCGGAUAUCCCAGCUGAGGUCCAGAUGUCCAUGAAAGACCAUAUCACGCGGCACGUACGGCUACAGAGGCAAACGACGGAGCCGGCAUCGUCCACCAGGCACAUUUCCUUCAAGAGGCACCUGCCUCGGCAGAUGCACGUGUCCAGCAUGGACUAUGGCACGACCCCGCCCCUUGGGCCCUGAGGCAGCCAACGAGCAUCGGAAGGAUUUAAACCAGAGCUUAUAAGCAAAAGUCUGUGGACUGGCUGAGGACCCGAAAAGGAGGCGGCAAAACCUGUGGAAAAUAAACUUCACCCUCAAAUAUGACUAUGAGAACGAGACGCUGAUUUGUGCGGAUCCUCAAGGCCUUGACUGCCGGCCAAGGAUUUCUGCGGCAGCUCAGAUCCCUACGUCAAGAUCUACCUCUGCCGGACAGGAAGCGCAAGUUCCAGACACGAGUCCACAGGAAGACUCUGACCCCACCUUGAUGAGUCCUUCCACUUCCUGUGCCUAUGAGGAGCUGACUAGCAGGAAACUCCACCUGAGUGUCUUCGACUUCGACAGGUUCUCCAGGCAUGACAUGAUAGGGGAGGUUACUUGGAGAACCUGUUUGAGGCCUCGGACAUUUCCCGGGAAACCCUCCAUCUGGAAGGACAUUCAGUACGCGACCAACUGAAAGCGUGGACCUGGGAGAGAUCAUGUUUUCCCUUUGUUAUUUGCCAACUGCAGGUCGCCUCAC